AUGAAGAUUUAAUUUAGAAACAAUAGGUUGAAGUAAGCAAUUCAAAUUAAUAAGAUCUCACAAUUACGAUUAAGUGUUGAACUAUUGUCCAAUCAGUUGCAUAUUCAAGAAUAAGAAAAGCAUAAAUUAGAAACAGAAAACAAUGAAUUAAAAUUGAAUCAACAAAACUAGGUUGAAAAUAUUGGAACUCUUCUGAAUAAAAUGGAAUCACCUAGAAGUGAAUAGAACUCAUAAAAUAAUGAAGAGAUUGAACAAAUGUAGAAUAUGAUUUUAGAUUUAUAAUAAGAGGAUGAGGCUAAUAAAAAGAAGAUUGAAAAGUUGAAUAGUGAGGUUAAAUAAUUAAAAUAGUAAUUACAAUAAUUAAACCAACUAAACUAGGAAUUUUAACUAGAUAUUGAAUAGAAAAAUAUUGAAAUUAAUGAAGAAUAAGCAAAAGUAUCUUCACUUGAAGAGGAAUUAGUUACUUAUGAAUAAAAAUUCGCUGAUGUUGUUUAAAAUAAGUAGAAAUUGUCUACUGAAUAUCAAUUAGCUUAAUAAACUCUAUAAUAAUUUGAUUUGCUGUAGUAGGAUAAUGUCCAGCUUUAGUUGUUACUUAAUUCAAAGACUGAAGAGUUAGAAGAGUUCAAAAUGCAUAAUAAAUUUGAGACUCAAUAUUUAGAGUUGAAAGAGGAUUUUGAUUAGUUUAAGGAAUAUGUGCAAGCCUAAUUAUUAUAAAAAGAUGAAGCUUUAGCAGAACAAAGUUAAUAAUUGAUUGAUUAUGAACUAUGCAAAGAACAAUUAAUCAUGUUUAAUCAACAAUGUUAAUUAUUAUAAGAAUAAUUGAAUAAGUAGACAGAAAAUAAUGAGUAACUUUAAGAUCAAUAUCAAAACAGCUUACUACAAAUUCAACAGAUCAAUAAUAAUAAUCUAUAGUUUUAAGAUAUUCAAUCUUAGAAUUCAUUCUUAAAGUAAGAGAUUGAAACUGUGAAAUCUGAUAACAUAUCAAAAUAAGAGAUUAUUGCAGAUUUGGAAACAUAACUAAAAAUAUAAUAAUAGUUGGAAGAAGAAUCUCCAUUGAAAUUGUAGAAAUUAUAAUCAGAAUAUUCUGAAAAUAGAAGUGAAUAUCUCAAUCACAAAGAAUAAUGUCAAAGAGAAAUUCAUCAAUAUAAAUAAGAAAAGACAAUAUUUUAAUCUGAUAUACAAAAUAUGAAAGAAAUGAUUAAUGCAUUUGUGUCUUAAAAUAAGCAGUAUCAACCUUAAGGAAAAACUGCAGAGGAAUAUUAUGAAAAAUUAGUUGAUUUUGUAUCUGAUGAUAAAUUUGUUCAUUAGCAGGAAGAAUAGAUUCUAUUAAAACAACAAUUGGAAUUAUAUUAAAAUAAGGUUUUUGUUGAUGGAUAAUGCUAAAUGAAACCUGAAGUAAAUGACUAAGAAAGUAUUACUAACUAAAUUGAAAUAUUUGAUAAGAGUACACAAUCGGAGUAGGUGGACAGCAGCUUAUCUGGAUCUAUGUGGCUCAAUAAUGAUAUAAAUAACUCAAAAGAUGAUUAAUAUCAAUAAAUGAAGAAAAAAAAUGAGGAUCUUGAUUAGUUAUUGAAAAACUAUGAAAAAGAAGUUUCGAGUUUGAAAUAAUAAAAUAAACUAUUGCAAAAGAAGAUAGAUUCUAAUUAGAAAUCGAAUCCAUAGGAAAGAUUAGGAAAAAGAGUUAGCUUAUUUGAGUAAACUUAGCCAAGAAAAUCAAAAUAAAUUCAUUUAAAUUUAUGUGAGUCAUAGUAGAUAGACGAUCAAUAAAGAGAAUAUCUAUUUAUGAAAGAGUUAAUUGAAAACUUAAAAAAAGACGUUAAGUAACGUUCACAAUAAAAUGAUGAUCUAAUGAAUGAGAUUAAGCAAAUAUAGGAAAAACACUAAGAGGAAUAAUAUAGAUUAGAAGAAUAGCUUCAAUCUUAAAUUCUAAUUAAUCAAACAAGAAAUAAGAGUGUUGAUAUUAAUUAAACAAUCAUUUCUCAAGUCAAUACUACCAUGAUCUAAUUGAAUUAGAUUGAACUGUUCUUGGUUGUAAAAUCCUAAAAGAACUUUUCAUUUCCCUAUAUAGAAUUUAAUAGAAAAUAGAUUAAAUUUUAUUCUCAAGGGAAAACUAGAAUUGAAAAGUAAAUUUAUGAAACUUUCACAUUUGAUGAUGUGUUCCUCGAUAUUCAAAAAGUGAGACAAUAUUUCCAGUUCUAUGGAAAGAUAAGUUUAGAUUAAAGCAGAAUGUUCCUUAUUGUUGGUUAAUCAAAAACGCAAAAGAAAUUCUUAUUGUUGAUGUUUCUUGAUGAAUAUUAUAACUCUAUAAAAGAGUAAAAGUUUAAGUUAAAUUAUAAACUUAGAUUAUAAAUUUAAUACUCAGAAAGAAUAGGGAAUAAUUGGUCAAUUCUAGAUUAAUUGAGUAAAGAUUUACACAUAGAUAAUGAGAACUUGAAUUCAAGUCUAUAAUAACUGGACUUAAUCAUUCAACAUAUUAAGUUUUAUUUGUAUGGUAAAAACCAGCAAACCAAGACUUUAGGAAAAGAAAAAAUAAGAUAAUUAAUAAUAACUUACAGUAUAGUUUUUAAAGACCAGACAUACACACAAUAAUUCAUCAUAACCACUAUUCCUGUUGUUCCAAGGUGUUAAUUCCCAAAAUUCUUAAAAAAAAUCUUCAAUCACACACCAUCUUUGUAGUUUAAGUAUUAUUGCUUAUUAACUAUUAAUCCAAUUUUAUUGCAUUACAACCAGACUGUAGAUAUUAUGUAUUUGGCUAAAAUGGUGUAUGCUUAAAACAAUUAAGAGGAUCUCAAUAAAUAAAUGAAAAUAGAUGAUGAAAGUGUUAGAUAAGUUAGAUAAGCAAAUGGGUAGGUCAUAAUUAAGAACUAAGAAAUUGAUAUAUUAAAAAAACAAAUUGAGCAUUUCAAAAAACAGUAUAAUGAUAUGCUACAAAAGCAAGAAAAUAAAUAAUAAUUAUUUUAAUAAAUAUAAUUUCAACUUUAGAAUGUUAUUGUAGAUAUCAAAUUAAAAAUGAGUUAAUCAAAAACUAAUAAGAAUAGUAAAAUACCUUGUCCAGAGGCUUAAUUUUACGAUAAAUUAAUUGCCUAAUUAGAAAAUCUAACAAGAAAACUUUCUCCAAUUCAAUAGGUUCUAAAUACUGAUAGAUCAAUAAGUCCCUCAAUGUAGAAUUAUUGA